AGCCAAACUCCAAUUUACAGAUAUUAAAAAAUCUCCCAAGAUGAUCAGCGGAUUUGCGUGAUUUGUAUGCUUAGUCAUAACAAAACUUUAUUGGUUGGAGAUUUGCGCUAGGAUCAUAUAAAAAAAACUUUAUCUUAUUCAAGAACGAGAGAAAAAAAAUUGGUAGUAGUACGAUAACCUCUAGGGAUGGAGUAAAGUAUCCAGCUUUGCAGCCACCUGCCCUCUGAACUUCUUGUUCUUCGUCUCACACUUCGCCCGAAGCAAACGAGAACAAGACGACCGCCUCUAUCCAAUCCAAUAUCCCAGUCCAAUCGAAAGAUUUGCGUUUUGAUCGUGGUGCCGUCAACCGAAGGAUUUGCAAGAUGGCAGAAGCUGCAAUCACAAGGUACUGGUGCCAUGAAUGCGAGCAGGCCAUUGAGGAGGCCAUGGUGGAUGAGAUCAAGUGCCCAUCCUGUGGUGGCGGGUUCGUUGAAGAGAUGACCGAUGAGGAGAUUGAGAGACUGACCAACAGGCAGCCAGAGCCGGGUUUCUCGCAAUGGAACCCUAUUGAGCAUCCAGGAGAAACGAUGGACAGCGACGAUGAAGAUAAUGAUUUAGGUCGUGAGUUUGAGGGUUUUAUCAGGAGGCAUCGACGGGCAUCAACUCUACGACGCGUGCUUGACAGCAUCCAUGAUGACCUUGCAGAUGACCAAGAAAGGGACAGUUCCAUUCUGAUCAACGCCUUCAACCAAGCCCUCGCUCUGCAAGGCUCAGUGCUUGAUCCUGAUGAGGGCCAAGGUGACCAAGGCGGUUCAACAAAUGAUGAUGGCUUACUGGAGGAGUAUGUCCUCGGAGCAGGUCUGAGCCUGCUGCUUCAACAUUUGGCUGAGAGCGACCCAAGUCGGAAUGGUACCCCUCCUGCAAAGAAAGAGGCGGUUGAAGCGCUGCCCACUGUGAAAAUCGAAGAGGUUGUCAGCUGUUCAGUCUGCCUUGAUGAUCUUGAGGUGGGGUCCCAGGCUAAACAAAUGCCAUGUGAACAUAAGUUUCAUUCUUCUUGUAUCCUGCCAUGGCUUGAAUUACAUAGUUCCUGCCCGGUUUGCCGGUUUGAGCUGCCUUCUGAGGAGACAAAAGACUUGAACGAGCCUAGCAACAUUGGUAGAGUGGAGGACAGCCAUGAGGAAGUCAGAGCUGAUGGCCCUGGAAACGUCAGCGAGAGCAGUAACAGACCCUGGGCUAUUGUUCCUUGGUUGAAUGAGCUAUUCUCAACUCGUGAGGCACAGAAUGCUGGAGGUGUUUCUACGGAUCAACAAUCACCGCACACUUCUGGAACCAACCCAAAUGCAGGGCACAGUUGAUUUCUGCUGCUGUUGCGAUUUGUGAAUAAUGAUAGUACAAGUGACCCAGAUUGGUAGAACUGUUGUUUUCCAUACCUAUCAUCUCCCUUGGAUGGAUCACAGCAUAGAAAGCUUGCCAGGCAUUGUCAUAUCAUCUGUGCUCAUUUGCUUUGCUUCAGCUUACUGCAGCUAAAGUCGGUUCUGCAUGUUGGGACAUUGAUUUCGUCUUGGCUCUGAGAAUGGCACACCACUCAUGUGUCAUGAUUGGCAUAUUCAGGAAGUGAUGGUGUUAGCUAAUUGCCAACCAUCAGCCAUAAAUCAACUUCAUUAUUUAUUACAAACAAGGCGUUACAGAUUCUUGUAAAAAUUCAUGAGUAGGGAAGUGCAGCUAAGACUGAGUUUUUGAAGCAGUUGAAGUGUUGCCGAAAUUUAAACAUGUGGGUAAAAAGUCUACAGCUCUGGUAGUUUUACAACGUUGUUUUGAUGGAAUUUCUUCUAUAUAUGGAGCUACUUCAUGCUAAGAUUAUGUAAAUUGUGAUAAUCUGCCAUGGCUAACACUACUUAUCCUUUCUUCGAAAGUGAUUAAAUUUCCUGAGAUGUUGAGAUGAACCUUUGUGGACUGGAAUAAUUUGUUUUUCUGCUUCAUGAGAUGUUCUGUUUGUCUGCUUACUUGUAACAACAGCCGCAAGUUUAUUAAUAAUCUAUCAUCUAGCCCCUGGUUUAUUAGGCGGUUUAUAUAUAAAUGAUACGACAUCUUAGGAGAUCGCAUCUAAAUCCGGUUCAACUUUUACCAUGCAGCAAUCCUUAAUUGAACUCUGGACUUGGCAAUGGUCCGUGGUUGUGAUCAAAAGAACCGAGUUUAGUGUCUCUGGGAUCAAUGCUGGCUUUGCAUUAUUCAUCCUGUUAUUAUUCGUUACGAAUGUACGAGGUGCUCAGGCAUAGUUUGAUAUAAAUUAAUUGGUAUUGGUAUGGGUAUUAAUUUAGAGAAGAUAAUGUAGAUUAUUUUGAUUCUUGGAUGAUUGGCAAGAGCUCCUACCUUUCUUUAAGCUCGUUUGGUACAGAGAAGUCUUUGAUCAUCAUGAUUGAGAGUUUUCGGGUUUUCAUGUACAGAGAACUCUAUUCAUCUUUUGGUUGAAAGUUAUGGGAUCCGAACUGAACUUUUUUUUU